AUGUCCACUACAAGUGAAAACGCGAUUAAUUUAAAGCAAGGAACGGAUGCAUAUCAAUGCAAGACCGAGCUGGAGUUCCUAAAGUCCUUAAAGGCUGCUACGGGACUCAAAAAGCAGCAAACGAACGGACUUCUCAUAAAUAAUGAGAAUGUUUUACGCCGCAUGAACGCCCAAAGUUUAGAGGUGCUGAAUGAAAAGCGGGAGCCUUUGGGAACAACACAAAACAAGCUUGCUCAUUUACAGCAGGAGCUGACCACUAAAGGGUUGGAAGCCCAAAAAGUGAAACCUGGUUUUCUUCGACUCAAAGAUACUGGUCAUAAUCUAGAUUGGAAACUGUGUGUCACCUCAUUCCAAAAAUCCCAAACGGGCACUACUUUGCGCUCUUUUCAGCAAGAUCAUGAACAGUACGGGCAUCAAAGAGUAUGCCCCAGUACUUUUAUGGAAGACAUGAAGUUGUCAUUGUUAGUAAAUAAGCUUAAAGACUGUCAGGAUUUAAAAGAAAAACUGGUCACUCUGAAAAAAGAAAAGAAAGCCGCUAUCGAAUCUACUCGGGAAGCUCAAGUCGAAAAGCAGCAAUUAAAAGAGCAAAUGCUUAUCGUCCACAACGAACUCACAACAGCUGUUCAAGAGCGAGAACAUAUGGAAUCAAGCUUGAAAGCUAUACAUCGAAUAAACAUUUCCAGAGACUGGGAAUUGUUGGAUUUGAAAUAUGAAUCAUUAUGUAAGCCUAUGGUUGUAUGUCCGGAAUUUCCAGCAGAGAAAUCAUUUAUCCAUUUAGCAAUAUGUGCGAUGAUUGGAUUACUUGAUUACUCAUCGCGUCAAAUACGACAUCAAGAACUUUCCGCCUUGCAUCAAGAGCACGUCGCACAUACCCAAGAAAAGAUAUCGACUUAUGAAGAUACAAUCAACUCAAUCAUUGGUGAAAGAGAUAGCCUACAAUUAGAAAAUACUGAAUUGGAAGCUGACUUAAAACAGGAAAAGGAGCAUUUAGAAGAGACGACACGCCAACUAAAAGAAAAGGAAGAUCAUUUUAACAAUCUACAUCGAGACUUAUUGGAGUCAAAACGAAAUAACAGCUCCAUCGAUGCCCUUAUAGAGGAACAGGACAUUACAAAUAAUGUUCUAAAAGAAAACAAGCUGAUAAAAAAUCAACUGAAUGAAGUGAAGCAAGAAUGUGAUUCCUUAAACUAUGCUUUAGUGUCUACUACAUACCAAUUGCAAUAUCUUUUAAGUGAUGUACAAAGACGAAAAGAGCUUACUCCUGUCGAACCCAAAGACUGUGCUGACGUAUUAGGUUCUACAAAGGUAAGUCAUAAUCUUCCCAGCGAGAAACUUACCUAUAAGGAUGUCGCAUCUCUGCAAGAUCUUAUCAAGAGCCUUACUUACGAAGUGGUGACGUUAAAGCAAGAACUACAGCAGAAGACAGAUGAAUUGACAAGAGAGAAUACCCAGAGAAAUAUUGAUUAUGAGUCCCAUAAGUCUGCCUUGGCUAGUCUUCAGAGCUCGAUUAAUACCCUCCAAAACGAAAGGUUGUAUUUGAUUCAGCAGAGAAGCAAUCUACAGCAACAAUCCAAUCGUAAAGAUUAUGAUUUCGAGCUCACUAAAAGAAAGUUGAGGGACCUCGAAAAUAAGGUUUAUGAUUUUGAUAAGGAAAAGAUCUUCCUAGAAAGCCGACUCAAAUCCACCACUGCUUCUUAUAACGCUGUAAAGGAGGCUUUACAUACUGAAUCAGCUAGAAGGGCUCAUGCAAUUAAUAUAAUAGAAGCCACCGGCAAACAGGUUAAGUAUAUUAAUCGUAACCAAGCGCAUAUAGCCACAUUGCUAAAAGAGCUUGAAUACAAGACUGCCACUGUCGGUUCUAUGCAAACUGAAGCCGGUCGAUGGGCGGAACUCGAAGAAGAUCUGAAAAAGAGACUACUUAAUUCAGAAAGGCAAUGUAAAUUUUUAGCUGCUCGUGUUGAAGAACUCGUUAAGAAGGAAGAUUCGAAUAAAGAAAAGGAAGAUAUUGAAGAAGAAAAGAAGAAGUUAGAGGAAGAAUUAAAAACCAUGACAUUUAAUUACUUGACUCUUGGGGUAUGUAUGCAUAAAAAAAAAGAGAAAGCAAUGAGACUGAUUUUAUUACAGAAAACAUACAACAACAUGCUUUUCAGAUUACACUCGCUUCAACAAGAAAGAGCCGUGAGUAAACAGGGGGUUAACACACACCGUCGUGUCGAAGAAGCGUUAAAGGCCUUUAACACAACUUUGAAAGGUGAAUUAAAAGUCGUUCGUAGCACUUUACGAGCCAACUCUGCUGAACUUACCAGGCUUGAAGCACAAAAUUCUAUGGCUUUAAACAAUAAAUAG